AUGGCGAGGGACAAGGAGAAGCGCAGCUGCGGGCAGGUGGUGGCCGAGUGGCGAGCGUUCCUGUGGGACCCCCGCACCCGCCAGUUCCUGGGCAGGACUGGUUCCAGUUGGGGGCUGAUCCUGCUGUUCUACCUGGUGUUUUACGGGUUCCUGGCCGGGCUCUUCGCCCUCACCAUGUGGGUGAUGCUGCAGAGCGUCGACCCCCACGUGCCCAAGUACCAGGACCGGCUGCUGACCCCCGCGUACAACGACAGCGUCCAGGCCGCCCGUAACGCCGCCUGUCCGGCCGGCCGCUACAACGAACAGCCGGACGACAGCGUUCCCAACUACCCCAAACGCGCCUGUCGCUUCAACCGCUCCCUGCUGGGACCCUGCGCCGGGCUCGGCCCCCACGGCGACUACGGCUACGGCUCCGGCCAGCCCUGCGUGCUCGUCAAGGUCAACCGGGUCAUCAACUUCUUCCCGGGGAAGAACAAGAGCAUCAACAUCGUCUGCGCCGCCAAGCGUGAGGAGGACGCGGCCCUGCUGGGCCCCAUGCAGCUCUUCCCCCCCAACGGCUCCAUCGACCUCAUGUACUUCCCCUACUACGGGAAACGAGUCCACGUGAAUUACACCCAGCCCGUGGUGGCCGUGCAGUUUUCCAACGCCACGGCCAACGUGGAUCACCACGUGGAAUGUCGGCUCAACGCCGCCGGGCUCCGCACCGACGACGAGCGCGACAAAUUCGCCGGGCGCGUCGCCUUCCGCCUCCGGAUCAACCGCGACUGACCCCGCCCGGGCCCCCCCGUAGCCCCCCGGUUCCUCCCCCGCUGCCGCCGCCGCUCCCCGCUCGGCUCUAAUUCCCCGCCCCGCCCCCACCCGGAUGCUCCUAAUCUAAGAAUAAUAAAUGUACAUAGAUAUUUUUUAUAUGAUAAAUCUAUUAAACGGUGCAGUAGGGCCCUGCCUUGUCCCCUCCC